UGAACAGUAAUUAAGCAUCAUUAACAAACACAAUUGUCCAAGUAAAUAACAAUUCGGAAUAUGAAUACGGAGUAAUACAGUAAUUAAAACUGAAAGCUUAUUGAAGUUUGAAUCUAAGCAUGAAACAGGGAUUGAAAUUGAAAGAUAAUAAAAGUUUAACCAGAACUGUUGUUGCUGCUAUGUGCUUCUUUUCUCCAUUUUUUAAGUGUUUUGAGUUCGGUUCUUCUUCCUAGCAGCUCGGAUUUUUUCUGCCCGGAGCUACUUCCAGCUGAGUGAUUUGGCUCCUGCUAACUAGAGCUGGGGGUGUGUAAUUGUUGUUUCUACGGUUGAAUGAUUGCAGCUUGCAGUCGACAAUCAGGAAGUGCCUUCUCCUUUUUUUUCUUUGGCUUAUUAAUUAGACAAUUAGCUGCCCAUCUGCCAUCUCUUCUCUCUUGGUCCAAAGAUGGGACUUCCUUCUCUUUUUUCCUGUUUUCUUUUAUUUGCUUGGUUUUUUUUGUAACGCAGCCUUGCUGCAUUUUUUUGGGUUUUAUCAUUUUUUUGUUUUCAUUAAUUCAUUUGUUUAUUGCACUAAAAGAAAUCAAAUUCAAAUAUAACAAAUCACAAAAUAAAAAAGUACAAAUUAAUGGAAAAAACACAAAAUCAAUCCAAACACUUGAAUUAAACACAAAUAACUCAAAAACGUAAAAUUCAACACUAAUUUCAAACAUUAACAAAAAAUGCAAUAAAAACGCAGAAAAAUGUAUCAAUUUGUCCCGAUGUUUUACAAGAAACGCUAUAAAAAGUGAGUGAAAAUAUAUGAACAAAUCAUACUUUUCAAAGGGACAUAUUCUUUUGAUAGUCGUUUUGAGUUGGUAAUAACAAUCCCUAAAUUUUUUAGACCUCUAAUGUCCAAAACUUUACAUGCACUUUGAGAGGAGAGAUCAGCAAGAGGAAUUCUCUUUUUCUAGAAGAGGAGAGUGAGAAGAGGCCAUAUGGGAUAUCAUUGUUCCUAGAGGUGGAUCUAAUGGUGAAGCUUAAGUGGGCUAACAUUAGACCUAGAAGAUUGACAGAGACUUUAUUAGCUAGGAGGUACAUAUAUGCCAACUCAACACGUGAAGGUCACUGACGACCUUCAAGCCUAGGAACAAGAUUAUGAUGAAUAAAGUAGAACAUGAGUUUGUGUAAUGGGGACAGACCUCCAACGUGUAAUGAUGAACCAUUAACGGUAGGGUCGAAAUACUGUAGAGCUACGAUUUGAGAGACUUGGGUCAAUGGACAAUCCUUCUUAUCAUAGGGACACACACCAGUAUUAGAGGCAUCAAGGAGUAUUCCUAAGUCAUCAGUAUCCAGCAAGAUUUUUGUUCCUUGGACUCGAGAGGACAACACACUAUUUUUUAUAAUUAAAUUACCCAAGAAUUCAGAAACAAGCUCAUGAUAAACAGAACAUCAAUUUUUUGGAUCAAAUAGAGUAUUCCACUUUUGGAAAGAGAUAAGGUCAGUGAAAUCGGAGGUUUUAGGAGCCAAUUCGUCAGAGGAUAUGGAGAGUACCUUCACUAUUCCGCAUUUAAGAUAUUCCUCCUUGAGUCUUGCAGCGUCCUCGUCGGUCACCUUUCCCAUCUUGGGAUACUGCUUGUCAGUAUUCUUGUCAGGGAUGAUCUGCAGUGCAAUGGCCUUCUGUCUUGUGAACUUUUGGGGUAGUGCCUUGCGCUUCUUGACCAUCAACUUUGGUUUGUCUGAAAUUGGUGGAGAUGUUGCAUGUGCUUCUUCUGGUGACGAACUGGCUUCCCCGUUCAGUUCCCCCUGAGAUGAGGAUGGUCUGCUUCCCUCAGUUGCCGGCGAUUUUGGACUCUAUGCUUCAGUCGCGGCGAAGAUUGUGGGGCUUCGCUCCAUUGUUGGUGAGAUGGUUUCGAGAUUGAGGUGUACCGGAGAGGAGGAAGAUGGUUUCACAGGGAUUCGGUUCCGAUCGGAGCAACGAAGUGCGGUUGGGGGAGCACCUCCUCGCAUUUUAACCAUGGCGGUGGAGGGAGAGAGAUGGAAGGUUGGUAUUAGUGAGGCCGAAAAAGGGAGGAGUAUUUUGGAAGCUGAAUCGGCUGAGUUAAUGAUCAUGGGAAGGUGGAUCGUUG